ACAAGUGUGAAUUCUGUAGACCGGGGAAACGGGAUAAGUGGCUUGGCAAAGAGAUUCAGGAAAGAUCUCGUCGACAAACAAAGAAAAGCUCGAUUCGCGUGGUUAUCUUCGUGGGAGGAACAGAAGCAAAGUAAGCCCAAAACCAAGAAGAAGGUCGUUAUUCGACCCGCGAAGGCGAGCACACCGGGUCACGUCUGGAAGCCACCGCUGAUGCCCAACAGGAUGCCGGAAGUGGAAGGGGUCAAGCACUCGCUGGACCUGGAGACGGAGCUACCGCCGAAGGUCGCCGAGGUGGCGAGGAAAAAUGGUGAAAAUCCCGAGAAGACUUGCCUGCUGAUUCAGGAGUUUAGGGAUAUGAUUUAUGAACGUGGAGACUGUGAACCACACCGGGUGGAUGACGAAUAUCUGACCAAAUUCCUGCGAGCUCGCUUCUGGAAGGUGGAAAAUGCCUAUAAACUGAUGUGCCGAUACUACGAGUUCCGCAACAGUAACCCAGAGCUGCACCAGAACGUGAACCCGAUGACCCUCCGAUCGCUGGGAGACGACAACAUCAUAUCGAUUUCACCCUACCGGGAUCAGGAAGGUCGGCGAAUUCUGUUCUUCAGGUUUGGCAACUGGCGACCGUCAAAGGUACCCAUCAACGACAUCUUCAAAGCAACACUGUUGAUGCUGGAGGUCGGGUCGUUGGAGCCAAUGUCGCAGGUCGUCGGUGGAGUUGGCAUCAUGGAUCUGGAGGGACUUUCGCUGAACCACGCUUGGCACGUUAGCCCUUCGGUGGCUCAAAAAAUCAUCGCUCUGAUUGUGACCUGCAUGCCCGUGCGGACCACCGCCAUCCACGUGGUCAACCAGGGCUGGGUGUUCGAUACCGUGUUCCAGAUCUUCAAGCCGCUGCUGAACGAACGCAUGAAGGAGAGGCUGUACUUCCACGGGACGGACCGUGCCUCGCUGCACAAGCACAUCGAUCCGGAGUUUCUGCCGGAGCGGUACGGGGGAACCAAGCCGGAAUAUCCGUACACGUACUGGCUGGAUCAUCUGUCGCGCAGCGAGUAUGUCGUGCAAGAGCUCGAGCAGUUGGGCUACGUGGCGGAACCGGCCACCGAGGAGUGAUGUCCUUUCGUGAGGAGCGUUCGAGGACUGGAGGACGAUUGCGAUGCGUACGUCUGUGAUCCGAUUUGUGACUGCUGCUGUAUGAAAGGCUAGAGUAGACUACAGACUGUCCGGUUACCGAUCGAUCAAGCUUGCUUUAUGUAGCCUACAAAACAUUAGUGUUGAUAAGUGAAAUUUGUUGACCGAUCUGUUUCUAGACAUCUGUAGAAAAGACUUAACGAGGGGAAUUUUAUUAGAAUUUAGGAACUGUGCGAAGUUCAUAAGUGUUAGUUUUGUACAAAUAUACACGAAAAAUAUUUUAUAAA